AUGGCUCCAUACUUUUUUCUGAAUCUAAUUCCACAACGCCAGAAGACUGACGAAAAGUCAAAACCGUUCCUGUCCGUCCUUGCCAGCAUCUCCUGGAUACAAUGGGCGCAUUUUUUCUCGGGGUGGCUUGCAUGGACUUGCGCUGCCAUUGACUUUUUCUCCGUAUCCCUCACCGUCCCUCGAUUGGCCGUUCAAUUCGGCAAGCAAACAUCGGAUAUCACCACCGCGAUAACGUUAACACUUCUCCUGCGCGUCAUCGGCUCCAUCAUCUUCGGAAUCCUUUCGGACCGUUAUGGCCGGAAAUGGCCUCUUGUCUUCAAUCUCGUCCUAGUCGCCAUCUUACAGCUCGGUGCUGGUUUCGUCAACACCUUUAGCCAGUUCCUCGCUGUUCGAUCACUAUUUGGUAUCGGCAUGGGCGGUAUUUGGGGGAUGGCUGCGAGUACCGCUCUGGAGAAUCUACCGGUUGAAGCACGCGGUUUGGGCAGUGGUGUUAUGCAGCAGGGUUAUGCUGUUGGCUACCUUCUUGCUGCUUGCAUCAACCUUAAGCUCGUCCCUGCAGUUCCAGCCGGAUGGAGAGUGCUAUUUUGGGCUGCGUCGGGCAUCAGUAUGUUCGCCGCAGUUCUCAGAGCUUUGUUGCCGGAAUCCGAGUUCUUCCUCAAGCAGAAGGCGAGGGAGCAUGGUCCGACAGAUAGCAUGGAGAAGACGAAGACGUUUUUGAAGGAGACUGGGAGAAUGGUGAGAACGCAUUGGUUGCUCUGCAUUUACGCGCUGCUCUUCAUGACUGCAUUCAAUUUCCUAUCGCACGGCUCACAAGACUUGUAUCCUACAUAUCUGCGAGAUUCAAAGGGUAUCAGUGAAUACAAUGCAACCAUUGCAACAAUCAUAGGAAAUUGCGGCGCAAUUGCUGGAGGCGCACUAGCAGGCUUCGUAUCUCAGUACAUCGGACGGCGAUUAACCAUCGUCCUCUUCGUUCUUCUUGUCGGCUGCUUCAUCCCUCUCUGGAUUAUUCCCAGCAGCUUCGGUGCCCUUGCUGCCGGGGCCUUCUGCGUCCAGUUCGGAGUGCAAGGCGCCUGGGGAGUCGUACCAAUUCAACUCUCCGAGAUGUCGCCGCCCGCAUUCCGCGCUACCUUCCCUGGUGUCGCCUACCAGCUCGGUAACAUGGUAUCAUCUGCCAGCGCUCAGAUUGAGGCCACUGGAGCAGCUCACCAGCGUACGACUAUCACACAUGCGGACGGCACGACAGAGAACGUGCCCGAUUACGCAAAGGUGCAGGGAAUUUUCAUUGGAUGUGUCGCAGUGUUCUUGAUCGUGGUGACGAUACUUGGGCCUGAGAAGCAUGGGUCGCACUUCGAGGAGCAUAAGACGGCGUUCGAGGAGGGCGGUGGAGAUGACGAUGCCUUGGUGAAUGACGGUGAUCACAGAUGCGCAGGUCCACGGCAUAUACGAGAUUCGACGAGCAUGAACGAAGAGGUGUCAGAACCGGCAAAGGAGUCGGUGAAUGUUUGA